AUGUCCGCAGAUGCGCCGGCCCUGUGGCCACCUGUUGCUUUGCCAUUUUCCCUGCGUAUUGACCAUAUUCGAUGCAGGGAAGAUCCUCAGUCGCCGUCGCAAGAGAGCCCCUCUGACUUCUACUGGUCUCCGCCGAUGUCGACAAGCGAAUUUGUCAAGAUAGAUUCAUCAGAUUGGUGGACCUGGGAUCCAGGCCGAUGGCCGCAGCUCUACCGAUAUCCGCAAUUCUGCAAAACUGACACCACCGGCCCAGGCUCUGAGCUGCCUACCGACUACAGAAGUUGCACUAUGUUUUGGAGCAGCGAACGUCAUGGCUAUAUUGUCGUGCCUGUUGACUGCACGGGCACUAAUCUGGGGGCCGAGCCAUACCCUUGGAAACGUCUUUCCUUCGGCAUUUGUGCUUCGGACCCAGCCACCGCACUUGUCGGUUAUCAAAAGGAGCGUUAUAGGCUGCACAUGCCGGGACCUAAUCACUGGUUCGAGGGUCUGCUCCCAGAUGUCUGCAAACCGGAGGACUGCGAGGGAGCCAGGUGCACCCUUACUGGAGAUCUGAGCAUCGUCGUCGGUUUGCUCGCGUUCUCGUCGACUCCGGAUCAUGCUGUCGAGGCCGUGCAUAAGUCCUUCCGGCCCAUUCUUACCUCGACGAAGUUCCAGUCCCACGAUCUGCCUGAACCUGAAAGGCACAAGACUCGCGGAAUGGUCAUAACCAUCGGCUUUGACCCACUCCGUGUAACCACGGACGGCCUCAAGGCCUGGGAGAACGGCGAGUACGGAGGGAUCUUUAGCUGA